UUGGCUUUGAGUACAUUUGCUCACAAUAAGCCAAACCUUAUCAAGGGGCUUCUCCCUGAGUUGCUGCCACUUCUCUAUGAUCAAACAGUUGUUAAGCAAGAAUUGAUAAGGACAGUUGAUCUUGGUCCAUUUAAGCACAUUGUGGAUGAUGGCCUUGAGUUAAGAAAGGCUGCUUUUGAAUGCGUGGACACAUUGUUGGACAGCUGUCUAGAUCAAGUGAAUCCAUCAUCUUUCAUUGUUCCUUACCUUAGAUCUGGUCUUGAUGAUCACUAUGAUGUUAAAAUGCCUUGCCAUCUGAUUCUUUCAAAGCUUUCAGAAAAAUGCCCAUCAGCGGUUCUGGCAGUUCUCGACUCUUUGGUGGACCCUCUUCAAAAAACCAUUAAUUUCAAGCCAAAACAAGAUGCUGUCAAGCAAGAAGUAGACCGUAAUGAAGACAUGAUUCGCAGCGCCCUUAGAGCUAUUGCUUCCUUGAAUCGAAUAAGUGGUGGAGACUGCAGCCUUAGGUUCAAGAACCUAACAAAUGAAAUAACCAAGUCACCAACCCUUUCCGAAAAGUACAAUUCAAUCCGAAAUGAAUGAGACGGCAAACAGACACUCCCCGAGCCCCCUUUCCCUUGGCUGUUGCAUAGGAGUUUCACUGUAAAAAGUGAUGGAAUUUUAUUACCAAACACCACCUAUUUUUGAAUUUAGAGAACCGUAAGGCAUUUCGCUGUGAGUGCUUGUUGUUGAUUGAUGCACCUGUAAAGCGGCUUAAAGGUUUAAAAAUUGAGGGUUAUAUAGAAAAGUGAAGUCAUGGCCAUUCUAAUCUCUUGUAUAGUUAGUUUCAAACCACAUCCCCAAACUCUCUUUACUUAUAGUUUGGGUUGAAGAAAAAUGCAAUAUAUGAGUUUGCAUUUCAUUGCAAAAGUUGGACUAGACAAUGUUUUGUUUGUUUGUUGAUAGGUAUUUCUUGUGGAUUUAUAAAUAGUUUAUUUAAUUUAGAA